AUGAGCGCGCCAAUCAUCAAUCCGGUGUUCAUCGUCUACGGAGUGGUCCUCGCGCGCGCGGUGUACGAUCGGCACGGCGCUCGAUUGGCCGCAGAAUACGACGCGCUGUCCAGACGUUUGUCCAGGUUCUCGCGGAGGCAAGCGAGUCGCAUGCGGGGCGCGUUGUUCGAUCGAAGAGGCGAGCGGGCGGUGGAGGACGCGUUACGCGACCUGGCGGACGUGAACGGCGCGUUGGCGAAGAUGAGCAGAGAGCUCGGAUUGGGUGAUCUCGGUGGGAACGAGCGAUUUCGAUGUCAGCUGGUCGUUCGUGAGCGCGCGCCUAGCUGGGUGCCGAUGUUUGCGCGACGCGCGAUGUGCGAGUGCGGCGUGGACAUCGAGCGCGUGCCGGCGAGCGAGGUCGACGUCGCGGUCGCGAGCACGAGCGACCGAGAGCAAAACCGCGGUGGAAGAUGGCUUCGCGCGGCGUACGGGUACGUGGCUCAGGACGGUGGCGCGGCAGUGAGUUCGGUGAGCGGCGCGGCAGACGCCGAUGACGGGUACGAGAUGGUGCACGUCAUACGACACGCGACGUUCGACGAGUUCUACGGCUCGCUCAAACCGUUGAUUCAGCAAUUGGUGGUUGAUUUCGAGGCCGAGCUUCGCGGGGCACACGUCGGCGCGCAGCAUUCGAACGACGCGGAAGCCGUCGCGGCACCCGGCAAUUUGGACGAAGAGGACGAGGACAACAUAUGUUCCAUAUGCAUGGACGCUCGCUUGCGCGUCGUCGUCAACUGCGGACACGCGUUCUGCGACGAGUGCCACACGCGUUGGUUGCGUGUCUCCAUGACGUGUCCGGUGUGUCGCGCCGCACUUCCUCGCGAGACACCCGGCGAAUCCGACGCCUCUUUCGCGCUCGUUGAUUAUGACGACGUCAGAGAAGUCCUUGGCCACGGAGCGCGACGAAACGUCCACGAAAUCGCCCACGAAUGGCGCCAAGACAUUUCUAGUCGAACGACGGAGGAGAUCGAGAGCGAUUUACGACAUCGCGCCGCGCUCCUCGCCGAGCGCAUCGGCUGCUUGCCGCCGGCUGCCGAGCGCCGAGACGCCUUCGCCUCGCUCGUCGACGCCGCGCGCGCCGUCGCCGCGAUCUCUUAG